GACUAGCACGCUUGGAGAACACACAGUGAGCGGAGCGUCCGCAGUCGCAGUAGCACUCGAAUUCCGCUUAUCCGCAUCCGCAGCGUUUUCGAAUUUUUCAGACCAACCAUUCGAUCCGAUCCGAUCCAUCUGGCACAUCCUAACCAUCUCUAAUCGUAACCCCAUCAUCGUGAUCGCGUCCGUAAUCGCUCCGUUUUGGCGUAGUCGAUGUUCCGGUUUUGUGUGCAAUCGUUUGCAAAGGAGAUCGAAACAAUAAUCUCGGCGGAUAGGAAAUUUGAAACACGAAUAUUCGUUUCGCAAUCCUAGAGAGUCGUUACAAUUUGAAAACCCCGCAAAAAAAAAAAUGGUUUAAAUGCGAGCAAUUCGAAGAUCGGAAAAUAUAUAAAAAUAUAUAUAUAUAUGAUUUGUGCUGUGUUUGAAAAAGGAAUAUCAGAAAAAAAUUAUGAAAAUGUUGAAUUGUUGUUGCCGUAAGUUUUAAAGUGUGCAAAGUGCAACUCUCUGAAAAUCAACGAAGAAUACAACGCGUCCAAAAAAAGAAUCGUAAAACUGAAAAAAGCAAACAAACAUAAAAACAAGCUCGUCAACUAUGUUAGCCAACCGAAGUUGGGCCGCAUAAACAAGCUGAGAUUGCUUCAUUCCUCGCUCCCCGACUAAACCGCGGGAAUUUCUGACAUGACAAGAAAGUCAUUGGCGUUGAUAAGAUGCAUUAUCAGCGGGGAAGACGAAGAUGAAGAUCCGCAACAGCAACAGCAGCAAUUGAAAAGUGUUGAACAAGUCUACGAUAUGAUAACCUAAUUUCCUGCCAGGAAAGAGGCGAAAAGAUUUUAACGAAAAUUUAAACGGGCUCACAGAGAGAGAGAGAGAGAGAUACUUGCAAAGCGAAGCCAAGUCAGUGAAAAGAAAAGAAAAAACGUAAUCGAAACGAAAGUAAGAAAAGAUAUAUGAAAACGGGGCGUACAUAUGUUUCAACGACACCCGAGGGCGUGGCGCACGCCCAAUAAACUGGCAAACAAUCUAUAAACAACUGUGAGACUACACAGCGAUUUAUACAGAAAUUAUAAACAUUCGGACUCAGAUUCCGAACCGGGCUCGAGAAACCCCUGUGAACCAAAGUGGUGAUCUUUGAUGCGAAGAAACCUGCGCUUGGACUGGAGGGCCCUGGCGCUGCUGGGCGCCCUCCUCUCGUUCAUAAUCGCCUGGCGGGGCCUUGUAUCUGCGAUGCCCCUUAUGGCCAUGGACAACAACCUGACAGACUCAUCCGGAUCCACAUACUCAUCCACAUCCAGAUCAAAAUACAACAGCACGAACAAUAGUAAUCUGUUUAGUAAUAGUUAUCUACAAAGUGAUCAUAGUCGUAGUAGUUUAGUGCCGAGCGCAGUGAGUGAACGUAGUGUAAAUCAACCCACAAAUCAAAGUAUUAAUGCUGAAUUUAAUCAGAGCUUAAGCGCGCAUCCAACUGCCAUAACAAGCACAACGCAAACCCAAACUCAAACCCACAUCCAAUCCCAAUACCCAUCCCAGGCGGAGGAUUCCGAUCAGCUGGAGGAGCCGCUGGGAUUCGUCAUCUCAGCGAUGCCGAGCGAGCAUCUGGCGGUCCUGUCGCGUACCGAACGCAGCAUUCGUCACCAGAAUCAGCAGCAGCAGAAGAAGCACCAUCAUCAUCACCAGCAACAGCAGCAGCAGCCAAUGUCGCCCGCUGACAAUAAUUUCAUUGGUUCGAAAUCGAAAAGACUGAGCAACCCUAGAAGUAGUCUUAACAUAAAUAGCAGUAGCAGUAACACGCCCAUCAGCAAUCUGGACCGUAACGAACGCUCCACGGUGCCACAGUCCCACUUGGCGUGGACUUCGCGCAAGAUCCAGCUGUACAUCAAAAAUCGCAUCCUUCAGAUCUUAAGGGAUGGCGUUGUCAACGGAACCCAGGACGAGAAUAGUGAAUUCACGAUUCUCCAGCGAUCCACGGUGGAUGUGGGACGCAUCAAGCUGCAGAGUGUGGCCACUUGCCUGUAUCUCUGCAUGGACGCGUGCGGUGUUCCCUACGGCUCGAAAGACUUCACCGACGACUGCGUCUUCAACGAGAACAUGGGUCUUCAGAACUACAACACGUACUCCUCCACGUACCACUCUCAGGCGCGGCGGGUCUUCUACCUGGCCCUGAAUGGCAGUGGACAGCCCCGGCGCACCCAGAUCCCGGCCAGCCGAUCGCUGGGCAAGCUGAGCACCUACACGAACGCCAUCACGGAGACGGUGCCGCAGGAGCGGGUCGAGCAGCUGAUCGCCAAGAAUUUUGGGGCCAAUCGCGUCAAGCACGGCGUGCGGCAACUCUGUGAUACGGGCAAGCCGCUGAUCGAGCUGAUCGAUGUGGCCAGAUUCAAGGGGCCGCCACAUUGCAGCAGCAACACAAGUGGCAGCAGCAGCAGCAGCAGCAGUAGUAGCAGUAGUAAAAGUAGUAGCAAUAGCAGUAGCAGUUACGUUCCUGUGCCUGCGAUCAGCAGCCUGAGUAGUAUUAGUAACAGUAGUCAAAGCGAGAGCGGCCAUAUUAGCAGUAGCCUUAGCGGUAGCAGUAAUAGUAGUAGCAAUAGCAGUAGCAGUAACAGUAGCAGUAACAGUAGCAGUAAUAGUAGUAGACCGAGUGGUAGCAAGGCCAACAAGAAGAAGAAGCCCAAGUGCAAGCCGCACGAGCAGGAGGACACUCACAAUUGCCAGAAGCGCGGUGGCGCCGGAGCGGGAGCACUGCGAAAAUUGGGGCCCAAGGCGAAGAGAUGCAAGGAGCUGCGGGAAAAGGCGGCCGCGGAGAAGCGGGCGCCGCCCAAUUGUGGCAAGAAGAAUGGGGCCAGGAAGAAUCCUACAGAGGCGGCCAAAGCGGUGCAACAGCGACCCAAGGGAAACAUCCAGCACGGAGGCAAGAAGAAGCCGAACAAGGCGGGUAAACAGCGCCAAAAUGGGGGAAAAAAGCAGCAGCAGCAUCAGUUGCAGCAACAGCAACAACAGCCGCUGCAACAUCAGGCCAAAUCCAUUUCCGGUGGCAAGAGGAAGCACCGAAAAUUGGAUGCAAGUACCACCACCACCAUGGCCACCAGCCUGGCCACGCCCCCAAGUAGCCACUGGGAGAGCAGCUCACCCCUGCCCGCAUUUUCCCUUAGCGAAACCAGCGAUAGGGUGGAGCGCAACGUGCGCAUGAGCAGCGAUGAGGAGCAGGAUCAGGACAACGACCAGGAUCAAGAGCAAUCCGAUCCGGCGGAGCAGGGCGAGGAGGAGGCCGAGGGCGACGUGGGAUCCCUGGAAGAUGCCAGCUACGAGGACGCUAGUUCCGAGGCCCAAGGACGCAGCGGAGCUGGCGGCGACGAUUCGCUCUACUACGAUUUCGGACUGUUGUCCCCCCGGCGAUGAUGCAAAGUGCAACCAAGAUCCCCACUAAAGACGAUGAAUAUCAAUGUAUUACGACGGAGUCUCGAGUAUUUUAUAAGAACCUCUCAAGCGAACCAUUUGGAGUAUAAUUAUCAUCGAAAUGUAUUAUAAACGCACGCCCAUCCAAUCAAUCAGAUAGAUGUAAAUUCGAAGCCCUAACCUUACGCAACACCAAUGACCCAAAAGAGUCUAUUGAAAUACUUGAGUCUCUGUGGCGGAACUUUCACGAUCGGUUGACGAUGAAAAUACUCAAAAACACGACCACUCCGAUAAGUCUACCAGAAAACAAAACUUGAAAACUUUCAAAACGCUUUCCGAACACUGUAAAAACGAGUAAAGCGUU